GCCGAAACGACCGGUAGUACGCAAGAGGCAUCCACCAGUCAAAAAGACCAUCACUCUUGAUCAUGUACGGCGGCGGCAGUGACCGAUACGGCGACUCUUCCUCGCGUCGCGACUACGGCGGAGGCGGUGGCGGUGGCUACGGUGGUGGCGGCUACGGUGGCGGCUCGCGAGGCGGCGGUGGCUACGGUGGUGGUGGCUACGGAGGAGGUGGCGGUGGCUACGGUGGCGGUGGCGGUGGCUACGGAGGAGGUGGCGGCGGCUAUGGUGGAGGCGGUCGUGGCGGCGGUGGCGGUGGCUUCGGUGGUGGAGGCGACUUGGGUUCCAACCUAGACACUCACAUCCAAUGGGACAUCUCGAAGCUGCCGGUCUUCGAGAAGAACUUCUACUAUGAGCACCCAGACGUGUCCAAGCGCUCGGAAGAGGAGUACGAAAAGUGGAAACGCGACAAUCAGAUUAUUGUAUCCGGCAAGGGCGUGCCUAAGUGCGUGCUGUCGUUCGAGGAGGCUUCUUUCCCCGAGUAUGUGCUGGAGGAGGUGGUACGUCUGGGCUUCGACAAGCCCACACCCAUCCAGUGCCAGGGCUGGCCUAUGGCUCUUUCAGGACGCGACAUGGUCGGCAUUUCGGCCACGGGAUCCGGCAAGACGCUGGCUUUCUUGCUGCCAGCAAUCGUGCACAUUAACGCACAGCCUUACCUGCAGCCUGGCGACGGUCCUAUUGUGCUGAUUAUUGCCCCCACGCGUGAGCUGGCUGUACAGAUCCAGGCGGAAUGCAACAAGUUUGGCGCUAGCUCCAAGAUCAAGAACACCUGUGUGUACGGCGGUGUCCCCAAGGGCGGUCAGAUCGCUGACCUUCGUCGCGGAGUGGAGAUCUGUAUCUGCACUCCUGGUCGUAUGAUUGACAUGCUUAGCAUGGGCAAGACGAACCUGCGUCGUGUGACGUACCUGGUGCUCGACGAGGCUGAUCGUAUGCUGGAUAUGGGUUUCGAGCCGCAACUACGCAAGAUCGUGAGCCAGAUCCGACCUGACCGUCAGACGCUCAUGUGGUCGGCAACGUGGCCCAAGGAGAUUGUGGCGCUUGCCAACGAUUUCUUGACGGACUUUAUUCAGGUCACUGUUGGCUCGUUGGAUUUGACCGCCAACAAGAGGAUCAAGCAGAUCGUGGAGGUCAUGGACGACCACCAGAAGUACAAUGCGCUGCAGGACCAUCUGCGUGACAUCUACGAGGGCGGCCGUAUCAUCAUUUUCUGCGAGACGAAGCGUGGUGCUGAUGAGCUGAGUCGUAACUUGCGCAACACUCGGUACAUGUGCAAGGCCAUCCACGGUAACAAGUCCCAGGAGGAGCGUGACUAUGUGCUGCGUGAGUUCAAGGAGGGCAGGAUUCAGAUCCUGGUCGCUACGGAUGUUGCUUCUCGUGGUCUGGAUAUCAAGGAUAUCCGCUACGUGGUGAACUUCGAUAUGCCGAAGAACAUUGAGGACUACAUCCACCGUAUCGGUCGUACGGCUCGUGCUGGCAACAAGGGUACGUCGAUUUCGUUCUUCACUGCGUCCAACAACAGCAGACUGGCUGGUCCACUGGUGAAGAUCAUGGAGGAAGCUGAACAGGAAGUUCCUCGUGAGCUACGCGACCUGGUUGGUCGUGGCGGCGGUGGUGGCCGUGGUCGUGGCGGAUACGGUGGCGGUCGUGGCCGCUGGUAAACGUGACGUAGGUAGGGUGUUAAACUGCUUGGACUGGCGAGGAUACAGCGCCGCCCGCUCCACAUCUACAAUAAACUACAGUAGUCGUUUGGAAACCUACUUGGUGCAUUUGUGAAUUUGGUGUAUGCUCAAUUUAC